AUGGUCACAAAAUUCAAACACCCAACAGCAAAUUAUUAUGUAUAUGCAAUCCUGGAUCCAUGCCACAUGCUACAACUGGCCAGAAAUGCACUAGCUCACCUUAACUUCUCAUCCUUAAAUAGAAUUCAAGAAGGUGAAGGAUUUACUUUUCCCAACAAGUUCUCUUCGAAACAUUUGCAAUUCGAAAAGCACAAGAUGAAUGUGAAACUUUCUGCACAAACACUCAGUUUGUCUGUUGCAGAUGCAAUUGAAUUCCUAGAUUCAUUUAUGGAACUUACUGAAUUCUGUAAUUCCAGAGGGACAGUUAAGUUUGUUAGAACAAUCGAUCGGUUAUUUGAUAUGUUAAAUUCUCUAAGUCCUAUCACCAAAGGAUCUGAACGACCACUUCAACCAGAAUGCAACGAAACCUGGGAAGAUAUUCUGAAAUCUUAG